UGGAACAAACAGUCCAUUGACAGUAUAAUUCACCUUGUGAACGUGUCUCCGCCGCACUAAGCGGGUUGUGGCCCCACCCUUGGCAGGGCCGCCUGAACACGUUGAACCAGUGAUGACUCCUGAGGGAGUGUCCGCACCUCCUCCUCUGCUCCUCCUCACACCUCCUCCUCCUCCUCUGCUCCGGGAGAGAACCAGCAGCAGCAGCAGCAGCAGCUCCUCCAGGAGGACUCACAGCUUUGUUCUGAUCGGAUAUUUGGCUCCUGGAAGUAGACCUGAGACUGUUUUCUCUGUGAGGAGAACCUGAACCCGGUUUGGAUUCUUGCAGGGUUUGUGCGGCUCACCUGAGACCAUGGGGGACGUGGUUUCCUCUCACCUGGAUGAGGGCAGGCGGGAGAUGAUUACAGCUCGGACCAGAGACGUGAUGAAGGAGUUCAGCGACGUGUACGAGCAGCAGUACGCCGUCGCUCUCUUCAACAGCGUUCGCUUUGAGAUCGAAGGAGGAGGAGGAGCUCAGUCCCAGCUGCUCCACAGGAAGGACCCUCUGGCGGGCCGCUCCAUCUUCUCUGGGAGUCUGUUUCAGUAUCUGGAGGAGAACAGGAAGUGGAGGAACCGCUUCGUCUCGGUUCCCAACAGCUACACCAUCAGCCUCUACGAGAGCAAAACGGCUCAUGACCGGAGUCUCCAUCCUAAAGCCACCAUCAACUGUGCUGGAUACAAAGCUCUGACCUCUCUGGAGGAAUACAUGGAGCUGAUCAACAGCAGCCUGCCAGGCAUCAAGGCCAAAGUGGGGAAUCAUCCGUUCAUCAAGUGUGCGAGUGAGUUUCCUCUCAUCCUGUGGCACCCGUACGCUCGCCACCACUACUUCUGUGUGAUGACGGAGAAGGAGCAGAAGAAGUGGCACGCCGUGCUGCAGGACUGCGUCCGCCACAGCAACAACGGUCUUCCAGAGAACAGCACCGUGGAGACUCCAGCCUUCACUGAUGCUGUCAGACUGCACAGACAGGCCAAGGGACACUACGGGACCUGGGACCUGAUGUGUGGAGCGCCCCCACAGAUUCUGGCCAACCUGGUGAUGGAGACUCUCCACCCGGAGCUGAGGAGCCUGAUCGGACCUCGUCUGAAGGGGAAGAUGCAGCAGAGACAGAGACACUGGAUGCUGAUCUCCGAUGCCAUCUACAAGCAGGUUUUGUCCCAGACGUCGGGUCAGUACGAGGCCGUGGCUGAAGCCUGCGAGGCCCAGAGAGCUCCGCUGGACGCCAGGCUGAGGACCGACAUGGACCAGAUCAUCACGUCUAAAGAACACGUCAGCAGCAAGAUACGAGCGGUGGUGCUGCCCAGGGCGGAGCAGCUCCUGCGGACCAACGUUCAGCCCUACAUCAGCUCCAUCCUGGAGGCCCUGAUGGAGCCCACCAGCCGAGGAUUCUCUGAGGUCAGAGACGUUUUCUUCAGGGAGCUGGUGGAGAUCAGCAAGAACUCUCUGAACGGAGGAGGCAAAGACAAGCUGGGAGACCACAUGGAGAGGCUGUCCAUGCUGGCCUUCCACCCGGUGAAGAUGCAGAGCAGCUAUGAUCAGGUGGAGCAGCUGAACCUGGAGGGUCUGCAGCAGCGCUUGGACGUGGCCAACCCCUCGGUGUUGGUCUCCAGGGCUCAGAUCCUCAUGAGGGAGCAAAUGGACAACGCUGUGUACACGUUCGAGCAGCUGCUGCACCAGUCUCUGGAGUCUCAGGGAGAAGACGACAUGUGCAAGACCAUCCAGAAAUGUCAGGACAGGGUUCUCAAGAAAUAUGAUUAUGACAGCAGCACGGUGCGUAAGAGGUUCUUCAGAGAGGCUCUGCUGCAGAUCAUCAUCCCCUACAUGCUGCAGCAGCUCUCACCUUCCUGCUCACCUGAGCUGCCUCGCUUCAAAGAGCUGAUCUUUGAGGACUUCUCCCGCUUCCUGCUGGUGGAGAACCUGUUCGAGGAGGUGGUCCUCCACUCCGUCUCCAAGGACAUCAUGAUGGCUGUGAAGGAGGCAGCUGUCCAGAGGAGACACAACCUUUACAGGGACAGCAUCAUCCUCACCAACAGCGACCCCAACCUCCACCUGCUGGGAGAAACCCCGCCAGUGGACUGGGCCACCAAAUUUGGGGGCGAGGAGCCGGAGGAGGAGGGCUCCGAGGUGGACGGAGGAGGUUCUGGUAGCAGACGCAGGCAGGUGGUGUCCAUGAUCCAGCUGGAUGGAGUCCCUCUGCCCUUCGAGUCCUGCCUGGAGGUCCCAGGAGUGGAUCUGAUCCCCGAGGAGGAGCCAGAGGAGGACCACGAGGAGGACGAGGAGGAGGACCUGGGCCCCAAGUCUCCUGACAGCGUGAAUGAGAUCAGAGACCUGAUCAACCCGGUGGUGGAGAUGGUGCUGCCGGCGUCGGAGGAAGAUCAGAGCGGGACCCCCAACGGGACGGAGUCCACCACGGGAACCAUCACCAUGGAGGACGGCGUGCAGGAGGACGUGACCCACGUCACCACCAUCGUGGAGGACGUCCCCAGGAAGUCUCCAUCACGGGACAACAAGACGUCCGCACAGACAAUAUUCCAGCAGCUGGUAGGAAACAGGAAGCAGGAGGCCGAUAAGAAGGAGGAAGCGGCGGCGGCGGCGGUUCAGAACGCCAUCGAGGAGACGGAGACGGCGGUGCAGGAAGACGACAGCGAACGCAUCAUCGCCGAGGAGUCAGACAACGAGUCGUCGCCGGUGCCGCCGCUGGCGACAGACUCCGGCUCGCGUCACGACAGCGGCUUCCAGUCGCCGAGCAACGAGGCGCUGGAGGACGGCGAGCCGCAGCCGAUCGCUAACGGUCUGAGCGCUAACGGUCUGAGCGCUAACGGUCUGAGCGCGGAGGACAGAAUAAUCGACCCGGUAGACGUGGAGGUGAUGGUGGCGUAGGGAGACGCUCCGCUGGACUCUAAACGUGGAGAGGAAACAGUGUGCAUCACGUGUAUUUAAAGGUUUUAUUUGUUGUUGAUGAUAUUGCACACUCCAAAAACCAACAACACUUUAUAUCAGGGAACAAACACAUAUUCAACAUUAAUUAGCUGCUAAUUAGCAUGCAAAUAAGUAACAUAUUGGCUCUUAAUUAGUCAUUAUUCAGUAGUUAUUAAUGCCUUAUUCUGCAUGGCCUUAUUAUACAACCAGUAAGACAUUAACCCAUUCAUGCACAACUUAUUGACAUGUUAUUUAAUGCUGCUGUGUGUUUCUGUGCUCUAUCUUUUGAUAUCAACUUAUUUUAUGAUUGAAUAUUCCAAGUAUUCUUUAAAUAUCUUGUUUUUGAUAACAACAGAUCAUUAUUUCCAUUUUGCCUCUCAUACUUUAUGAAGAAAAACAGUUUUUGUAUUAUUACAUAGCUAACUACUAGGCUAAGUAGCUUGCUAAGCUAACUACUUAGCCAAGAAGUUAGCUAAGUAGGUUGCUUAGCAAGCUACUUAGCUAAAUACUUA